AUGUCCAAUCAAGGCACUGGCGAUUCCGUCAAUGCAAACACUGUGUCUUCCUUAAAUUUGGAGCCUAAUCCUUUCGAGCAAAGUUUUGCUUCAACCAAGAGGACAGAUGUAAUAAGUACAAACCCACCUCUACUACCACGACAGAUGAGUAACUCAAAUAUUAGAUCAAUUGCAAAUCUACCAAUAACAAAUCAGCCACAAUUCUAUUCAAGCUCUGCUUCACUAGCAGAUAGUUUCAAGAGACCCUCCCAAUCCUCAAGCAUUUUUUAUUCCACUCAAAGACCAAAUAUCCAAUCCCCUCCAAUUCUAACCCCAGGUGGGUCCAAGAAACUACCUCCAUUGGUGUUGUCACCUUCUUUUGUAAAGCAACACGACGACCUCACGUUAACUGCAUCACUAAAUAAUCCACAUACCCUUAAUAAUGCUUCGCACAACGCAGCAAAUGCAGGCUCUGCUACACAUCCUGGUUCGGAUGAACACAUAGCGGCUACGACGCCAGGUUUUCUUACCUAUUUACCAAGAACUGGCUUAACGCCAAACGAAUCAAGCCUCAGAACAGGUCUGACACCUGGAGGUAUCAAUCCCAAUUUGAAUUAUCCACUUUUACCAUCGUUGUCUAGUAAUUCUAUAGUCAAACCAGAAGCGAAGAUUGAAAAGACUCCUUCAGUACUCAGUUCAAACGGUGCUUUCACUCCCGGUUUAAACACUAUCUUGGGAUAUGUACCUACCACUACGGCUGCUACCACGCCCAAUAAUAAUAAUAGUGCUGCUAUUGCAGCUACUAAUGCAAAUACACUCACUGCUGUCGAAGUAAACGGUGAUAACUCAAAACCGAUCAUUAAUAAACGUGAAGAGUUGAGCACAAGUAUAACGACAGAGGUCACUAACAAUUCUGACAAGAACACUGCUAAUAAUAAGAGGAAGAGGAAAGUAGCUUCGCCAAAGGCAAGAAAAAUGAAUAAGAAAGAAGUCGCUAAUACUAAUAUUAAUGAAUCGGAGGAUUCAUAUGAACAAGAACGUAAAAGGAAAGAAUUCCUGGAAAGAAAUAGAGUAGCUGCGUCUAAAUUUAGGAAGAGAAAAAAGGAAUAUAUCAAAAAAAUAGAGAGCGAUUUGGCGUUUUAUGAAGAUGAAUACAACAAUUUAACGGCCAUAAUAAGUAAGCUAUUGCCUCCAAAUAAUGGUAGCCAGGAUGAAACUGGUGCUUCACCUUUAUUAUUACUAUUAGAAAAUGCUAUCACAACGAAUGACAGAACCACCUCACUGAAUAUAAUAGAUCAUAUCAAAAAGUUAGUGACGGAUUCAAGUUUUUUUCAUAGACAAGGUGUUAAUCCUGUCAAAGCUAGUUCACCCGAUAGUUACGCGAUUCUUGAAGCUGAAAGAGAUAAUAAUCAAGACAUUAGUAAUAGCAAUGGCAACGAUAACAAUUCGUUGUUCAAAGGGCAUUCGAAUGAUGAUGAAAGUAAUAAAAAUGUUGCUAUCAACUCUAGUGUCUCUCCAGGAAAUAAUGACGAAAAUUCAAAUAUUAUUAGUUGA